UCAAAUAUUAACUGACAGUUUAUAAGACUGGACCAUGUGAUUACCGUUACGAACAAUUUAGGAUAUUACACUGAAAAUUGUUACUUUAGCAAAAUUAUUUAUAUAUAUAUCUCUCUAAAAAGUUAAAAUCAAACUAUUUUGCAGCAAAUGUUACCAUAAUUUUUGAUAGAAAAUAAUGUUAUUCUGCCCAACCUGUGCAAAUAUUCUUAUGGUUGAAGAAGCUUUUGAAUCAUCACUACGGUAUGGUUGUAAUACUUGCCCCUAUAUAUACAAUAUACGGAGGAAAGUCUCGUCGCGCACAUUCCCAAAAUUAAAGGAAUUAGAUUAUAUCAUGGGUGGUGCUGCUGCAUGGGAGAAUGUAGAUUCAACCGAUGCUGUGUGCCCAAAGUGUGCUCAUGGUAAAGCAUUCUUUAUGCAAUUACAAACUCGCUCUGCUGAUGAGCCCAUGACCACAUUUUAUAGGUGUUGCAAUCAUAAAUGUGCACAUAAUUGGCGUGAUUAA